AUGGCGAUUUCCUUGCUAGCAUGCUUAUUAUUUGCUCGAGAACGGUUCGUUGCAAUUUUCUCAAAAAUUCUCUCGAGACGCCAGAUUCGGACUGCCCAAGCUGCCGAGUAUGACAAUGACGGUGCCAAUGCCAAUGCCAAUGCCAAAGCUAUGGAUGGAAUCAUUGCCAAGGAGCUUCUCGAAAUCGACCAAUGGAUCCUUACGUUCAACAUGUACCUCAGCCACAAUAACCCGAUGCCGCAGACUUGUGACUCAAGAUCUGAGGUCUACAUGCCCUCUUCAUAG